AUGGCUCAGCAGGGCAACACAACUUAUUCCAAUGGCUUCAUCCUGCAGGGUCUCUCUGACCAGCCAGGACAUGAGCGUUUCCUUGUCCCCAUCUUCCUCCUCAUGCACCUGCUAACUCUACUGGGCAACUUAAUGAUUGUCAGGCUCAUCUACUCAGAUGUCCGGCUCUACUACUCCCCCAUGUAUUUCUUCCUCAGCCAUCUUUCACUGGCCGAUGUGGGGUUUUCCUCCUCCACUGUCCCCAAGAUGUUGCAGAACCUACUGACUCAUACCAAAACCAUAUCCUACGGUGGGUGCCUUACACAGAUGUUUUUCUUCUUGGCCUUUGGAAACACAGAAAGUUUUCUGCUGGCCACCAUGGCCUAUGACCGAUACGUGGCCAUCUGCCACCCACUCCGUUAUGCCCUCCUUAUGAGUCAGAAAUGCUGUCUCCUGUUGGCUCUCGGUUGUUGGCUGCUGGGCUUUCUACACUCCUUGCUCUACACACUGAUGAUGUAUUGUCUCUCCUUUUGUGCCUCCCGGGAUAUUCCCCACUUCUUCUGUGACCUCCAUGCCUUAAUCAAGCUCUCCUGCUCAGACACUUCAGCAAUUCAGUUGACAACCCUCACGGAAGGGACAGUGACCAUGGUGGGGCCUUUCACCGUUACCCUUCUCUCCUAUAUUCUCAUUUUCUCCAAGGUCCUCAAGAUCCCUACAGCUGCUGGGAAGCGUAAGGCGUUUUCCACCUGUGGUGCUCACCUCACCACUGUGUUUUUGUUCUUUGGGACUGUGAUAGCUGUAUAUGUCCGCCCCUCCUCUAGCUACUCUGGUACCAAGGUCCGAGUGAUGUCUGUGGCUUACACAGCUGUGACCCCCAUGCUCAACCCUUUCAUCUACAGCCUGAGGAACAGGGAGAUUCAGCAGUCCCUGAGAAAGCAUCUGCGGAUUAAGUUUGAAAGAUGA